UGGAUUCCCCCAGCUUCCCCCAGCACAGUCUCUGCUUCAGCACUCGUGUCGACUUGUUGGUUUAUUUUGCUCUGCGACGCCUCGCGUGUGGUGCUGAUGCUGCGCGCUUCCAAGUGACAAAAAGCCGCUCUAGACUUUGACCAAUCGGAUCGCUAAUCAGACUUUAUCGCUGCAUCUCGCUCUGAGAAGAAACCUUAGAACUUGUUCGCCACAGCCUAUCACCAUUUUCCUGCCGCGUCUGAAGAGGAGAUGAUACCGGGCUCAGAGCACCCUUCCUUCGGAUCCAAGGUCUCUCUCAUGGAAUCCCGGCUGGACCUUUAAAACUCAUCAUGCCGUAUACCGCAAGGUUCCUGCUGCUGCUUCUGUGUUUGAUUCUGACGGCGGAGUCCCGGAGAAAGGGAAGCAGGAAAAGGCGCUGGUCUGAACCAGAGGAGACUCUCAAGCCCGGGAAGCCCCUUGGUGAAACACCUGAUGCUCUGGUUCUUGUUGGGAAGACAGCCUUGGAGGCUGGUAUGGUAAAUGGUCAUCUGUCAAAAAAGAUAAUUGAUGGCACCAAAACCCGAAAGCUGAAAACCAGCCAUCUUCUGCGUGUAGACGAACACGACUUCACCAUGAGGCCAGCUUUUGCAGGUCCUGCUGUCCCUGUUGGAGUGGAUGUUCAGGUGGAGAGCUUGGACAGCAUAUCUGAGGUUGACAUGGACUUCACCAUGACUCUGUAUCUAAGGCACUAUUGGAAGGACGAAAGGUUGGCUUUUCCAAGCGCCACUAAUAAGAGCAUGACAUUUGACGGGCGUCUGGUGAAAAAAAUAUGGGUCCCCGAUGUGUUCUUUGUCCAUUCUAAGAGGUCCUUCAUCCAUGACACCACCACUGACAACAUUAUGCUGAGGGUCUUCCCAGAUGGGCAUGUUCUGUACAGCCUGAGGGUAACAGUUACUGCUGCUUGCAACAUGGAUUUUAGUCGUUUCCCCCUGGACUCUCAGACAUGCACAUUGGAGCUGGAGAGCUAUGCUUACACAGAUGAGGACCUGAUGCUUUACUGGAAAAGUGGGGAUGAAUCUCUGAGCACAGACGACAGAAUCUCUUUAUCCCAGUUUCUCAUUCAGAAGUUUCACACGACCUCCAGACUGGCUUUCUACAGCAGCACAGGCUGGUACAAUCGUUUGUACAUCAACUUCACUCUACGACGCCACAUCUUCUUUUUUCUGCUACAGACAUACUUUCCUGCCACUCUGAUGGUCAUGCUGUCCUGGGUCUCCUUCUGGAUUGACCGCAGGGCUGUCCCUGCCAGGGUCUCUUUAGGUAUAACUACUGUCCUGACUAUGUCUACCAUCAUUACUGGAGUCAACGCUUCCAUGCCAAGGGUCUCUUACAUCAAAGCAGUGGACAUUUACCUCUGGGUCAGUUUUGUCUUUGUAUUCCUUUCUGUGCUUGAAUAUGCAGCAGUCAACUAUCUGACGACAGUAAGGGAUGGUAAAGACCGGAAACUGAGAGAAAAAAUGAGAGAACAGUCCCAAACACUGCCAUGCACUUGUGGCAUGCCUCAUACCAAGACCAUGAUGCUGGACGGAAUGUACAGUGAGGCUGAUGCAAACAGUCUUGCAGGGUAUACCAGAGCCUCCAUGGCAGUGGAAGAUCCAUCCGACAAACAGGAGCAGAUGGUGGUACAUCUUGCUUUGGACAAUGAGUCCAUAGCGACUAAGAAGAAGGGCAUUCGCAGCUUCAGCAUCAUACAGAACACCCACACUAUUGACACUUACUCCCGCAUGAUCUUCCCAGGCGCCUACAUCCUUUUUAACCUGAUCUACUGGUGUGUGUACUGCUGAGUGUGCACAUUUUAAAUAAAUCUACUGUUUGGAAAUGGAGCAUCUCUACUUGUAGCUCACAUGUCCCUGUUAGCCUGGAUGACAUCUAGAGAUUAGAGAGCUUCUCCUUUUAUAACAAAAACCGUUGUCUACACCUGUCACACUUCAGCAACACUCUGGGGCAGGUGGUACUCUGAUUCUGUGUGAAAAAAGGAAGGAGGAACUAAUUUUAAACAAAGAGAAACUUUGCCUGUUGUCAACCAAGCUGUCAACCACCUUGCAAACUAGAUUUUCUGGUUUUCAAAGCUUUCUUUUAUUGAUGUCAUAUUGGCGCUAUGCGGAUAGGUCUAUGUGAACUUUUACAACAGCCCUAAAUUAAUACAUCUCUGUCCACAUUUUUAGUUUUCUGUGUAAUGCAACAGAAAUACUGGGACAAUGAAAUCAAUUUAACAUUUGUUUUCACAUUAAGUCAUAAUGACUGCCAUUAAAGGUAUUUUUGAUACA